AUGCCGAACGAUCCUCACGCCAACCCUCUCGGACCCGUCACCCACGGAGAAGGAGAAAUGCUGACGUCAACGCCAGAUCGUUAUUGGCGCCUGUUCAACGACUUAGGGAUGCCACCCCCGUUAACCACGGUCGACCCUCCGGCCGCACUGCCCGAGGCGUUCCUCGCUCUCGCUAAGCAAGUGCAGGGAAUGAUGGAGAUAAUGCAGACCGUUGUCCCACUUAUUCCCGAAAUCAGGCGACUGACGGACGCCUCCGCCGACCCGGCCCAUCUAAGGCCGAGCGCGGGACAGGAUGCAACCGGUGAAACCCGAGACGGAGCCAUCCACCACGAAGGUUCGCCCACGCGCGUCUCUCCUGCCCCCUCUCGAGCCGCACGGCGCCGCCCCGAGCCUGACACCGUAUCGUCCGACUCGGCGGACAGCUUCCUUAAGGUACAAUUCUCCCAGGUCAAUCGUCGCCUGGAUGAGUUCCGACGCGAGCUCCAAAGGUCGCGGGACGAAUCAAGCGAGGGCACCUCGGGGGGGUCCCCUUUCGUUCAGGAAAUACAAGAAAAACCCAUCCCCCUCAACUUUAGGGUGCCGGCCCUCGAGACAUACGACGGCGGCUCCGACCCAGCAGAGCAUGUCGCCGCGUUCAGAACUCAGAUGGCCCUUUACGGCACGUCCGACGCGCUGAUGUGCCGUACGUUUCCAACCACCUUCAGAGGACCAGCACGCGCGUGGUUCAGCCGGUUGCGACAAUCCUCGAUCUCGUCUUUUGACCAGUUCACCAAAGAGUUCGAACAAAACUUCCUUACCAGCGCGCGACCUCGGCCUUCCAUAGCCGCCCUGCUGGCACUAUCGCAGCACGAAGAAGAAACGCUCGCGCAAUUCGUGACGCGCUUCGCCGCGGAGGUCCGCGGCUAUUCGGACACUCACCCCUCUUUGAUCAUGCAGGCGUUCCUGACGGGGCUGAAACCAUCGAGAUUCUUCUGGUCAUUGAUCGAGAAGCCGCCCGCCAUUGUCCCCGAGAUGCUCUACCGGGCAAACCAAUACGUCGCCGGCGAAGCAUUAGCAGCAGGAAGACGUCCGGUCGGGAAGAAAUCGCGAACCGAGCAACCCCGAGCCGCCACCUCGUCGGCCGACUCGCGAACCCAUCGGAGGCCCGACCACCACGAGCAGCGGCUCCCGAGGCCUCCGCCCCUCCCGCUCAACGCACCUCGCACCGAGAUCUUCCUCCGGAUCAGGGAGAAGGGUCUUUUGCGGCCCCUAAUCCCAUGA